AAAUCAAAUAGCUAUCCAUGGAAUAUUAGAACUUGACUUGCUCCAUUCUCUUAUACUUUCUGUGUCUCACACUAAAGAAAUGAAAGAUGCAUGAUUCUAAGGCUAAAUAGCUAGGAAGUAUUCAUUCAAACUUGAAUAUUCUUCAAAGAGACUGUGGGGGCAACUCUAAUAGGAGAAAGAAACAUAAAGGAAGUAAACCCAGAUGUUUUCCACCAAAGUCCUCCUUUUGGCUGGUCUGAUUUCUACCGCACUGGCAGGGCCGUGGGCUAAUAUAUGUGCUGGCAAGUCUUCCAACGAGAUCCGGACAUGUGACCACCAUGGCUGUGGACAGUACUCUGCUCAAAGAAGUCAGAGGCCUCACCAGGGUGUGGACAUCUUGUGCUCUGCUGGAUCUACUGUGUAUGCACCAUUCACUGGAAUGAUUGAGGGCCAGGAGAAACCUUAUCAAAACAAAAAUGCUAUCAAUAAUGGUGUUCGAAUAUCUGGAAGAGGUUUUUGUGUCAAAAUGUUCUACAUUAAGCCAAUUAAGUAUAAAGGUCCUAUUAAGAAGGGAGAAAAACUUGGAACUCUAUUGCCCUUGCAGAAAGUUUAUCCUGGCAUACAGUCGCACGUGCACAUUGAAAACUGUGACUUGAGUGACCCUACUGCAUACCUAUAAAUGGAAGGCCAAUGGUCAGAUCUUCAAAAUAAAAAGUCAUCUUAAAAACCUGGAUGCAUACCCCGCUCUUCGAGAAAUUUGGGUUCACAAAGGAAAAAUGCAUGAAGGGAUAGAUACUCCAUUUUCCAGGACUUAUUAUACAUUGCGUGCUUGUAUCAAAACAUCUCAUGUACCUCAUAAAUGUACACACCUGUGUACCCACAAAAUUUUUUUAAUUAAAAAAGGAAAUUUGAGUUUAAAUAGAAACAUGAUAAGUGCGAGAAAGAAAACAUUUUGAUUUUAACUCAUGGUCACUCUGAUGUUCGAGUGGACUGGUUUCUUCAGGCUCUUUGAUCUUUCCGUCACCCAAGGAAUCUGAGUGGUUUUGUUUUUUAGAUUUCUCAGUCCUGAAGAUCUAAGAUAAAUAAACAAGGGAACUUAAGCUGG